GCACGAGAGACUAGGCUAUUGUUAGGGGCGGGGCUAAGCAAAGUUUGCCCUCAGGGGCGUGGAAACGGAAAGAGCUGCGAGUUGGUGAUAGGACUUCUCUCCAGGGGCGUGGCAUAUGGAUCCUCGCUUUCCCGCCGACGGUUGGCCACGUCACGUGACGUGGGUUGGAAGAUGGCGUCUCCCACGGAUGGGACAGAUCUGGAAGCUUCUCUGCUAAGUUUUGAAAAACUUGACCGUGCCUCACCAGAUCUUUGGCCAGAACAAUUACCAGGUGUUGCUGAAUUUGCAGCUUCCUUCAAAAGUCCUAUUACUAGCUCUCCACCCAAAUGGAUGGCUGAGAUAGAACGUGAUGAUAUCGACAUGUUAAAAGAACUGGGGAGCCUCACCACAGCUAAUUUGAUGGAGAAGGUACGAGGCCUACAGAACCUGGCCUAUCAGCUGGGGCUGGAUGAGUCCAGAGAAAUGACACGGGGGAAAUUCCUCAACAUUCUAGAAAAGCCCAAGAAGUAGCAGCUGCUGGUGGACAGGAUGUCCUGGGAACUGUAACCAAGCUUCCUUUCUAGUGCAGCUCUGACAAUGCACGCCUCACUGCUUCUUCCAGGGAGGCCAAGGAUGGACCUCCAGGACUGUGUCCCUCCCCUAGUCCUGGCACGCUGCACCUCUGAGGACGCUCAGCAGCAAGAGAAGAAUCUGCUGUAACCAAGGAUCAUUCCAGUCAUUCAGUCAGCUUCCACACUUUGACCUUCUUACCUUCAGAGGACUUAAUUGUUCUUAAAUAUCAAAGUCCUGCUUUAUCAUUUCAAGAAGUGAUUCAGGAGCCCCAGGAUCUCACAGCUGAUUUGACUCAGUCAUGGAAAAGUCAUUUGUGACAUUUUGAUUGAAUGGGUACUUUUGAGUUGUACUUCAUGUCUUCACAUAUUUAUGAAGUUAUCAGUUUCUGAUAGCUGUACUUCAUGUCUUCAUGUGUUUAUGAACAAGGAGACCAGAGACCAACCAGAUUCUGGAUCAGGCCAUACAGCCUGACCUGUGAACAAUCCAAUAUAUACUGAGUUCAAGAAUCCCCAGCUGGAGAAACCAGAAUCUUCUCAAAAUGCACAUGUGCUUUUUAAACUCUGCACUUCUCCUGAUCAUCCCAUCGCCCAGCCCUACCUUCCAGUUCUGACUCUAAGCAAAGAGAUCUCUGACUUAGUGAGUCCCUCCAGGAAUUAGCCUGUAUAGGAAAAGGCCCAUGCAAGUUGCAUUGGGCUCUAGACCUCAAGACCAAUCUAAAAGUGACAGAAAGGACUUUUAAGUUCUAGUUAAUCUGUUAUAGAUUCAAGCAAGAAAGUCAAUAUGGCCUGAAAGAUAGGAGAAGAAAGUGGCUUAUAGGAGUUCCCAUUUGGUUGAAAACUGGAGGCCAUAGUUGACCUUACAGGAAUAUGCUAUGAGAUGAUGGCAACAUUUUGUCCCUUCUUAUAACACAUAUCAGAUAGUUCACCUAUAUAACAGAAACUUACACACAUGCGUGCACACACACACAAAAGAAAAAGAGAAUUUCCUGACUUAAAUGCAGCUCUCAUGGAGUUCUUCACCAGUUAUCUGCCUCUGUAUUAAAACCUGAAACUCAAGCCCAUGGAUAAAAUCCACUAUCUGUGAUCUCCAUAUUUGUCUUCUAGGCCAGAACCCAGCAUCUGAUGUUUUGACAAGUGCAUGGAGUUUUCUUUUUUUUUUAAUUCAACAGAUAUUUAUUGGCCAUUGGAAAUGUGUCAGCCACUUUUCUAAGCACUUGAGGAGACACUUUAGUGAAUGAAACUGACAAAUUUCAUGCCCUCCUUAGCCUUACAUUUUAAUGAAACAGGACAAUAAAUGAAAAGCGUAAUCAGGAAAUUAUACCUUAUGUUCUAAGUAGAUGAGUACUAUGGCACGAUAUAUACUUGCAUAUUUAGUUUACACAUUGCAUCAGACCAGUAGCUUAGAAAGCUUCUGAUGUGGAGGGAACAUUUUUUAGGGUGAUUCUCUCAUGCAUCCUCUUGUGGUGGUGUUAAGUGGACGACUGGCAGUAGCUUCUGUGGCAAAGGGAAAAUAGAGCUUCUCGCCUGUGUGGAUUCUCAUGUGAGUUUUUGCAGGUUGGUUUUGUGGCUGACAGACUUCCACACGAUUCAUGGAGUUUUCUUUAUGAAAA